AUGUCAGACUCACUUCAAGUCGAUGUAUAUGUUGCGCCAGUCAUACCAGCAGUGACUGGACAUCAAGACCCUGCAAAAACAAUGUGGUCGCCCAUCUGCUGCACCCUCAUUCAGGGCCCAACAUCCGCGGUGCUCGUCGAUACCCCGACCACGACAGAGCUAGCAAAAGGUCUUGCUGAAUGGGUGAAACGCACGGCAUGCGGGAAGAAGCUUCGAUACAUAUACACGACUCAUGCUCACGGAGAUCAUUUCUUUGGUAAUCCUGUUAUUGUUGAAGAGUUUCCUGGGGUCGAAUGUGUUGCAACGUCGUUCGUUGUUAAUGGAAUCAAGAACGAUCAAUUGUCAGAAGAGCGCCUUGCUCGGUGGAACAGGCUGUUCCCCAACAAGCAGAUAUCGGAAAAUCAGAUCGUGCCCAAUGCUCUCCCACCUAAUGGGGAGUUCUCGAUUGAUGGAUAUAGUCUGUUCGGCGUCGAUGUGGCUCAUUCAGACACGCAAUUUUCCUCAUUUCUACACGUACCUAGCCUCGAACUGGUCGUUGCCGGGGACAUUGUUUAUGGUGAAUGCUUCCAGCAUCUGGGCGAGGCUAAUACGACCGAUAAAAGGAAAAAAUGGCUGGAUGCACUCGACCAGAUUGCCUCCCUCAAACCAAGCAUCGUCGUUCCUGGUCAUAAAAGGUCGUCUCAGUCUGACGGACCGUACCUCAUCGAUGCAACGAGGCAGUACAUUCUGGCCUUUGAGAGGUAUUUGGAGAAAUUUGAAGACGCGGACAAGGUUGAGGAAGCCAUGAAAUUUCUCUAUCCAAAUAGAUGGAACGAUUUCAUACUCGAUUUUAGCGCGAAGAUGUCUGUGGAGCAACAUUUGUUGACCAAAACGAAGGCCACAACAAGCAUGAUCUGA